ACUCGCGCGUGCGCAGAGCAGCGGCGGAGUUUAAAGAUGGCGUCCAGCGCAGCGACUCGAACCGGAGCCGCCGCCGCUAAAGUCGUUAAACCGAUCUUCAGCCGCGACCUGAAUGAAGCCAGGCGCAGGGCGCGCGAGCUCUACCGGGCCUGGUACCGAGAGGUGCCCAACACAGUGCACUCGUUCCAGCUGGACAUCACGUCUCGUCAGGGACACGAGAAGCUGAGGGAGAUGUUUGACAAGAACCGUCACGUGACUGACCCCAGGGUCAUCGACAUGCUGGUCAUCAAGGGGAAGAUGGAGCUGGAGGAGACCAUCAACAUCUGGAAGCAGAAGACACACAUCAUGCGCUACUUCCACGAGACUGAGGUUCAGCGUCCCACCGACUUCCUGUCGAAAUUCUACCACGGACACGACCCCUGACCUCUGACCCCUGACCUCUGAAGUGUGUUGUGAUUUCCUGCUUCUAGACUGUAAAUAUACACUGAUGCUGAA